CCCUUUUUCAUCACAUAUUUCAUUUCAACCAUCACUAUUUCCAUUUCAUAGCUCAAAAAAAACAAGUGCAUAAAAAUGAAAAUGAAAAUUUCAUUCACUUGCAGUUUGCAUUGCAUCUUCCAUUUUACAUUUCAUUUCAAGCAUUAUUAUCUUUCAUUGUCUUAUACUUUAUAAAAAUUGCAUAAAAAAAAAUCUUAUCCAUGUUCAGUUCUCAUUAAAUCCCAUUUUUCAUUGCAACUCAUAUUCGACCUUACAUCACAUUUUCCAUCCCAUGUCAAAUUUACAUUCAUUUCAUGCUCAUUUCAUGUUUAGAAUAAAAUCAAGUUUGAUCCUCAUAUUUUCUUGUUCUUCAAUCAAGUCCUUUAAGUUAUGAUUUUCAAAAAAAAAAAAUGUAGGUUUCAUAAACUACUUCAAGAACAAAAACAAAAAAAUCAGGCAUAAUAGUCUCCCUAUGUUUUCUCACUCUUUGGAGCAAUGCAUCAUCCAUCUAGAAGGCAACCUUCAACAUACUCUUAUAAGCUCACCAAGAUAUGAUGUUGAAGUGGAUUUACACACGAGACAUGUGAAUCUAGAUUCAAUGAAUGAGGGGGCAAAUCUAGGACAUGGGGAAAUUUGAGUUAGUUCAUGGGAAGGAGAUAGAUUUGAUUUGUCCACCUUGGCAUGGAAGUAGACAUUGUCUCAUAUGCUAAAGACUGGAUUGGUGGAGUUACCGGGAUCGAUCCGAAUAUUGAGGACCCAGCUGCAACUUUUAAAACUUGCAACUAUAUCCAGACCGUUUCCGGUCUAAAUAUAUUGGACUUGCCUGCAACUUUUAAAAGUUUCAUAUCCCGACGGGCGCCAUUCUCAAACUAUAUCCAGACCGUUAUCGGUCCGAAUAUUGUGGACUUGCUUGUAACUUUUAAAAGUUCCGUCUCCCAACAGGCGUCAUUCUAUAAAUAUAUCCAGACCGUUUUCAGUCCGAAUAUUUUGGACUUGCUUGCAACUUUUAAAAGUUCCGUAUCUCGACAGGCGCCAUUCUCAAAAUAUAUCCAGACCGUUUUCGGUCCGAAUAUUGUGGACUUGCCUGUAACUUUUAAAAGUUCCGUCUCCCAACAGGCGUCAUUCUAUAAAUAUAUCCAGACCGUUUUCGGUCCGAAUAUUGUGGACUUGCCUGUAACUUUUAAAAGUUUCGUCUCCCAACAGGCGUCAUUCUAUAAAUAUAUCCAGACCGUUUUCGGUCCGAAUAUUUUGGACUUGCUUGUAACUUUUAAAAGUUCCGUCUCCCGACAGGCGUCAUUCUAUAAAUAUAUCUAGACCGUUUUCGGUCUGAAUAGUUUGGACUUGCUUGUAACUUUUAAAAGUUUCGUCUCCAAACAGGCAUCAUUCUAUAAAUAUAUCCAGACCGUUUUCGGUCCGAAAAUAUCUUUGAAGAAAAAAAAAAUAAAAACAGUAAAAAAUAAAGAAAA